AUGUCUCGCCCUUCAUCCCGAAACCACCACAGCGACAAACCAAGCCACUCCAGAUCAAACUCACGCCGCUCGUCGGUCACCAACAGCCAGCAGCCGCACAUCCCACCCGACCCAUACUCCUUCUGCAACUCAUUCUGGGGGGAGUACGGCUACGACGCACUGCAGAACAAGAACAGACACUCCUCCAAACUCCUCGAAGAGCUCAGACUAUGGUACAAGGAACGGGCGGCGAUCGAAGAGGACUACGCCAAGCGGCUCACCAAACUCACCAAAAACCCCCUCUUCGAAUUCCACUCCUCCAGCAACAACAGCACCAACAACGAGCUCGAAGUCGGCGGGAUCAAGCGAGCACUCGAAACCGUCAGGGAUACCACCAGACAGAGCGCCCACUCCCACCUCGAACUGGCCGGCACCAUCAGGACGGCCCUCGAGAAAAAGCUCGCCGAAUUCGUCACCAGGAGGGAAGGACUCAAGAAAAACCCUCAAGCUGCAAUCGAGCGACUACACAAGAAAAAAUCAGAACUCGUCGAACUCACCGAAAAAUCGCGCAAGAAGUACGAAGCAAACGCGAUCGCCGUCAACGGAUUAUCCGCCCAGACACAUCUCGUCCAAGGUCGCGAUUAUGACAAAGUGACGGCAAAACUAGAGAAAGCGCAGCAGAACGUUCAGAUGGAUGAGCGAGAAUAUCGUUCACACGUCAAAAAUCUGAAGGAAACAACAGCCGAAUGGAACAUGCAGUGGAAAGGAUACUGCGAUCUCGUACAAGAUCUUGAAGAGGAGCGCAUCGAUUUCAUUCGGACUUCGUUUUGGGAUUAUGCGAAUGGAGUCUCCACAAUCUGUGUUGUGGAUGAUGAGCAAUGUGAAAUUAUCCGGAAAGCUCUAGAGCGAUGCGAUACCGCCCAAGACGUGGCUGAAUUUGUUAGGCAGGCUCGUACGGGGAGCGACAUUUACGUUGCGCCUGAAUACGUCAAUUAUGCCCGAGGGGAACAAACUCCAUACAGUCGCGCACCUGCAGUACAGGCUAACUUUGUCAGAUCAUCCAUCCGCAAUCCACGCGCUGCCCCUUCAACCACCAACAUCCAAGAUCUGGCACAUGCCAUCCGCUCCGGUUCAUCCUCACCAACCGAUCCCAUCCUUCCACCUCCCACCGCCAGCCGAUCCACUUCUAAGGCUGCAGUCAAGAGAGGCGGAGCCAUCGCCGAUGCCGUGGCUGCCAAUUCAUUCACCAAUGGUGAUCCCAACCCCGGGCUCGUUCCUCGAGCCUCCAUCUCCCGCUCUUCCAUGGGCGCAUCAAUCUCCCGAGCCGCUUCCCCUGCAGAGGCCAUGGCUCAAGUCGUAGGCAGCAGCACGAGCGACAGUCUGAACAGUCGGCUGAGCACCCAAAGUAACCUUCAUCAAAGCACCGCUACUGCCCCCUCCGUCCCGCCACCUCAACAACAUUUCCCCAGCAACCAUGCACCAUCACAACCGACCAACCCAAGACAACACCACGAGCCAAAUAUUCCCAAACAGGAGCCCACCGGACCUCCUCCGCCACCGGCAUCCGCCAAGCCUGCCAAUCGUUAUGCACCAGGCUAUGCGAAUAAAGAGCCAGCGCAUCCCGCCAACGGCUUGCCUGCCCCAUCCAACCGGCCUGCAUCUCGGGCGUCAACCAACGGCGGAAUCCAGCCACCCUCGGUGCCUGCAGAAAAUGGGCAAGUCGAUCCAUUGGUGGCAGCCCUAGAAAAGCUGCGAUCAACCCCGUCGAUCAGCUCCUUCCGUCGGUCACCUGCGCCCAGCGCGACCCCUGCCCGGGCACGUCCGAAUGACGAGCACGAUGGUCGUCGAUCAACCUUAAACCAGCCGUCCUUGAACGGCCAGCACAACCGAGCCAGCUCGCCCGCGCCGAGUGCCCGUCGGUCAACCUUAGACCAGCCGUUCUCCUCUUCCUCCCAUGACCCUUACAAACGUUCUCAUUCGCCUGCAGUCAGCACUCGCCGAUCGACCCUGAACGAGCCCCAGUCCGGCAACAUGUAUCAACGCGCCAGCUCGCCGGGCGCGCGUAGGAUGACGCUGGAACAGCCCGGCUCGUAUGAUCCUUACAAGCGCUCGAGCUCGCCAGCCGUCUCUGGCUCGAUGAUGAAGCCGCCCAACGACAUGCGUUCGAACGGGGGCCGGAGCCCAAGCCCGCAGCCUCAUGGGGGAUACAACCGGGGCGGCGCGCCCUCGCCGGCCCCUUCGAGCACCGGCAUGUCCUACCAACACCAGCCAACACAGGCUUCCCACCCGACGGCCCAACAGCAACAUCCGGCGCGCCAGCAAAGCUACGGUCAUCCCACGUCGCGGUCGAUGCCCAUGGGGGUGGCGUUGGAUGCCCGGGGCGGGGUGGUGGAGCAGGCCGGCGGGGGAGAGCCUCCGAAAGCGAGCCACCAACACUCGCACAGCCAGUCGUCAUCGAUGGCCAUGAUAUCCUCGCCAACAUCAUACUCGGGCAGCACCUCGCAGACCCCGUUCCGGGUGAGCCAACCCCACGCCCACAAUCCGCCGGUCCACUCCCAGCCCCCCACGGGCUACGGCGCACCCCGGCCGCCUCAGCACUACGGAUAUGCAGGCCAGCAACCACCGACCGCCCAGCAGCCGCCGCCUCAGUCGACCACCCCCGCGCCCCCCGCGUCGGCUUACCAGCAGCAGGCCCAGCAGCCCGCCGCUGGCCCUCCGCCUUCCCAGUACUCCAUGCCCCCCUCCCAGUCCCAGCAGCCCUUCGGCGCCCAGCAACACUCGUACUAUAACGCCCCUCAGCCCCCCGCUUCCCCCCAACCCCUGCAAGCUAAUCAGCCUAUCCACCGUACAUCCAGCGUCUACUCCCAGCCUGGGCAUCCUCCCCCUCAACAGCAACAACCUCAACAGCAGCAGCAGCAGCCUUACUAUCAACAACCCUCCCAACAACAACAGCAGCAGCAGCCUCAGCCUCACGCUCAACAACCCGCUCAAAACCCCUCCCCGACCGGCAACUACACCGACUCGGGCCAGCCUAUUCUCUUCUACGUGAGAGCGCUGUAUGAUUAUGCAGCAACGAUGCCCGAGGAGUUCUCGUUCCAAGCAAACGACGUCAUCGCUAUCACCCAGACCGACCCCGAUGGAUGGUGGCAGGGCGAGCUCGUCGACGAGUUCAAGCGGAACCUGAACGCCAGAAACGGCCAUCGCGGCAACGUCCUCCCGAGCAACUUCGUCGAGCCUCUCCAUUAA